AGAUAAAAAUGACACCUUAAGAAAUUUGUAUGGACUUGCCAAUAGAAUUUGCAAAAGCCUUAGAGUAGAUAUAGAUACAAAUAUAGAUAUAUUAAAUCCUUGUAGUAUUAAAGCGACCCUGAUUAUGAUUACUUGAUAUAAUUAUUUAGGAAAUUGGCAUAAUCAAGGAAGAUUGAUUAUGAUGAUAUCUAUGAAUGGACUGUUACUAAUAAUAAUACAUAAAUUUUAAAUCAAAAAUAAGAGAACUCAAUAAUAUAGGUUGCUUCUUUGUAAUAAUUUGAAAGAACUCCUAUAUCUAAAUAAAAUAAAUGGUAAAUUUUAGUAAAAUUAUAGCCAUUCAUUAAAAGUGCCUUCAACUCAUGACAUCUUAUAAGAUAGAAAGAGAUCUUUUUAAAAUGAUUCUAAAAUUUAGUUACUAAAAGUUGAUGAUUUAAAUAAAUCGAUAGAAAACACUUAUUAAUUGAGUUAGAUGGUACAUGAUUUUGACUCAAAGUAAGAUUACAUAUCCUAAGAUGAUGCAAUAGAUACUUUAUUUACAAGAUAUAAUACAUUAAAAAGUUAGAAUAUUGAAAUGUAAUAUCAUUUAUUUAAAAUAGUCAUCAUCCUUAGAAUGAAAAAAAGUAAUAAAGUGGAUAAAAAAAUUUAUAAAUAAAAUGA